GCUCCUCCAUCCGGCCAUGCGCGCUCGGGACCCCGCAGGCUGCGGUUCAUGAGACGGCUUCUGCUGCUGCUCGCCGCCCUGGCGGCGGCCGCGCACUCGGUGACGGUGCUGGACAGCUGGUGGCCGGAGCAGUCGGCGCUGCUCCGGAGGGCGUCGGACGGCCGCCGCGUGCUGCGGGCCGUGCUCCGCGACGGCCGCGUCGCCGAGUGCGAGCGCGGCGACGCCCGGGAGCUGGGGCGCUUCCUCGACGAGGUGGCCGCCCACUUGCGGUGCCGCGGGAGCAACGCCACCGGCCCGCCGUGCGACUACCGGCUGCACCAGCUGCGGUCGCUCGAGUGGCAUCGCAUGAGGCGCGCCUGUGGCAGGCUGCAGCGGAGGAGGCGCCGCCGGGAUCUGUUCCUGUACCCGGGAACCAACUGGUGUGGCUCGGGAAGUUCGGCGCGCAGGAUAAACGAGCUCGGAGCCAACUCGCGGGCCGACCGCUGCUGCCGCGAGCACGACCACUGCCCCUUCACCAUCGAGGCGUUCCAGAGGAGGUUCCACUUGUUCAACUACAGGCUGCACACGCUCAGUCACUGUGAAUGCGACGAGAGGUUCCGGAGCUGCUUGAAGAUGACCAACAACGGGGCUUCGCAUAUGGUGGGCAAGCUGUACUUCAACGUGGUGCAGACUAAGUGUUUCGUCUUCAAGUAUCGCCAUGUCUGCGAACUGCGUUCCUGGUGGGGCAAGUGCCUCAAGCGAGAGAAGCGCAAGGUCGCCGUGCUUCGGGCCGGCGUGUCCUACUGACAGUCUCCACGUGUUACGGUACAGCCCUUCAGCAAAAGUGCAUUCACCAAGGCUUCCGUGACAGAAGAAAGAAAUCUUUUGCAGCUAUGUUAUGUAACCUCAAAUUGAGUCUUAAUCCGACUAUGGGAACAUCGCAGUGCGCUUCGUCUGUUUAUAUUCGAUUGUGUAACCAAGGUACAUAGAAAUUGAGGAGUUUCAUAGAACAUGUCUGUAUACCCUUUCUCACAUGCUUACAUAACCACGACGAUAUGUGCAUUAUCCCGCAAUUUGCAGAUCGGAAUCUCUGCGAUUAAAUGCGCAGAAAUUACUUUUGACCAUGUAAAACCUAAGAUGUUCCUAAAUGUUGGGACGAAUGUGGUGUGCUUUCACAUGUUUCUCUCGCUAGUGCUUGUGCUGUUGCAUUUAAUUUACGUGCCGUGUCCUGUAGCACGAUAUGUAAAUAAAUGCUUCCGUUCAUCCCA